CCCAAGGCGGGCGUACGCUGAGGCUAUUUGGCGUUCACGCAGGUUUCCGCGCUCUAAGCCGCGAAUCUUCCAGAAAUGGCUCGCCAACCUGAAGAGGGACAAGUGGAAACCGUCUCUGGGCAGCAGACUAUGCAGCGACCAUUUUGCCGAGUCGUGUUUCGACCGCUCGGGCGCAAGAACCCGGCUUCGGGGCGAUGCCGUCCCAACGCUGUUUGCUUUCCCGGACGACUCGCAGAAGAAAGCUCCGGAAAGGAAAGCACCCAAGCAGAGAGGCCAAAUUCUUGACUUGGCCCCAAAGGACGAGCCACCCAUGAGCCCAGUGGCACCAUUGCCUGAGGCUUCACACAAAAAAGCUCUUCAAAGGAAAGCACCCAAGCAGAGAGGCCAAAUUCUUGACUUGACCCCAGAGGACGAACCACCCAUGAUCCCAGCGGCACCAUCGCCUGAGGCUUCAGACAAAGUGCCUGACCACGACUACGCCGUCUUGGACAAUCCUAAGGUUCUGAAAAAGAGGCUCGAGAAAUGCACAGAUGCCAUAGAAAGCAUCAAGAAGAAACUGAAGCUCAGCGAGCAGCGCGAGCGCCGGCUGAAGAACAAGGUUACUUCACUAAGCAAAAUUGUCGAUGACCUAAAGAGCAAGCUUCUUGCUUCAAACGACGCUUGUGCCAUGCUUGAGAAGUGCUUCUCAGGAGUGCCCCAGAAGUUAUGCAGCACACCUUGAAGCAAUCAAACGAAAGGGGCGAACCUGCCAGGCCUAGCCGGUAGCAGUACUCAACCUAAUUGUGCAUUCACAGCAUUCCUGCACAGGCCAGUGAAGUCAGAAAGAACAAAACAGAGCUUCUAUGCAGCCCCACAGUAGAUGAGAUGCCCAUUAGAGAGCACGUGGAGUGGGAUGGGCAUGACAGGUUAUGUAGAUAACGGAAAUAAGAUGGACGAUGACAGCAGCAAUGUUUCAACUGAAACAAUGGUUUUCAUCCUUGCGUCUCCCGACUCUCUUUGGAAGAUCCUCUGCAGCUAUUUCUUCGUCAGUGGCAUGACUGGAAAGGAAGAGCGAACACCGCGAAAUUAUGCCUGACAAAACUGGAAUGAUCAGAGGCUCAUGCAAUGUCACGUAGCUGUGAUGGGCUCAGCUGCCACACCGCAAUUUUCAAUGACCUAGGGUCUUUAGCGGAUAAUUGUGCGAUGGUGACAUUGUUUGCACACACCCUGUUACAAAGGAGGUGUGCUGUUUUCUUGACGCAUGCCACAUGCCGAAGCUGGUGUGUAAUGCGCUUGCUUCACUCGGCUGUCUCAAGGAUAUGUCAGGGUCAUGUAUACAGUGGCAUUAUACAUUCGAGAAUGUUGUACCAGUGCUUCCCACCCAAACUUCGUUACUUCAGCAUGGUGCUCAGGCGGGUAGAAUGUUUCGUACAAGUGGCACAAACACUGAUGGAAUGCCUGACGCAACCAGUGUCAACAUCAGCAACGUGCAUGAACCAACGGGAGUCACCUACGGUGGAUGUCUCAUGCAACUCAUGGCAACUGCUGCGGAGCGCCUGACAUAACCAAUGCCAAUUCCCUCCGUAAUGGGCAGCAAGUCCUCACGUCCAUUUGUCGGGUUCAAACAGCGACUAACGGAGAUUCCUGACUGAAAGCUUCAAACGGUUGGCUGCUGCAACGGAUCCCAGGGCUCAAAGUAACU